AUGGAUAGUUCUAAAAAGGUAAAACGUUUACAAGCACCGGGUGGGGGGGAUGAGCUACCUGGCUCUGCAAGUAGUAGCAGUAGAAGGAGAGUUAGUCGUAAUUUAGAUACCUCAAUACAAAAGUUGUUGGGAAUGGAGUUACAAAGUGAUUCAAUAGGAAUAUUAGAAAGAAUAAGUAAAUUGGUAAGUGAGGUUAACAAAAUAUGUAUAAAAAAGGAUGCUAAAAUAACGCAAACUGUAGGAAAGACAUUAAAUGAUUUAUUUAAUGAAGCUAAGGAAAUGGUUUAUGGAUUAGUAGUAGAUAAUGAAAACCUUAAAGGUAAAUUAGAAGUAAUGGAACAAACAAUUAAAACUGGUGCAAGGAUAGGAUAUAAACAGGUAACUUAUGCUGAGAAGGUUAAAGGAGUUGGUAGGGGAGUUGGCCCUAUAGAAAGUGAUAGUUCUAGAGUUAUAUUAAUUAAAGGCGAUGAGAAUGAUGAAACAGAGAUAGUGAAACAAAAAUUUUUAUCUUCUAUAAAUCCUCAUAGCGAUAGGAUUAGAAUACAAGGAAUACGAAGAAUGAGAGAGAAAGGAUUGAUAGUGACAGUUGCAUCAGAAAUGGAUAGAGAAAAAGUAUUACAACAUAAGGUUUUGAAGGAGAAGAAGUUGAAUAUGCAGAUACCGCGAAAGAAACGCCCUAGAAUGUUAGUAAUAGAUGUACCGUGUGAUGUAGAAGGUGAAGAAUUGACAAAGUUAAUAUAUUCAUUAAAUGCAGAUUUAAUAUAUAAUGAUAUGGGUGUGACGUAUGAACAAUUUUGUGAGGAGUUUAAAUUGUUGUAUAAAGUAGGUAAGAAAAGGGAAUAUUUGGUCAAUUGGGUUAUUGAAGUGUCCCCUUUGUUACGUCAGAGUUUAAGUGUAAAUGGUAGGAUUUAUAUAGAAUAUCGUAGUUGCUUAGUGCGGGAUUAUGUAGAAGUAUUGAGGUGUUAUAAGUGCCAAUUAUUUGGCCACACUGCAAGAUUCUGUCGUCAAGAUCAAGACACUUGUUUCCGCUGUGGGAAGGAUGGUCAUAGAGGUAAGGAUUGUGAAGAGGAGGGUAUAAUAAAGUUUUGUAUACCGUGUAAAAAGAUAGGUAGACCUCAUGGGCAUUUGGCGAGAACUAAAGAAUGUUAUACUUAUAAUUUAGCUAUUUCUCGUUAUAAACAAAAUAUUGAUUAUGGCUAA